UAGGCGAUUGAAACCUUAAUAUAGCGCUGGGCCUUUCACACGGCUUCAUUAGUGAAAAAAAUGACCAAACUGACAAAGACGCAAAAAAGCCGAAAGAGGAAAAAACCCGACAACCAAUGUUCUCCUUCUCCAUGUCCGUCAUCAAAACCAUCGAAAAAGGCUAAUGUAACCCUUAGUUCCUCCAAUGGAAGUGAGCCAUUCCCUGAUUUCUCUGGGCCCUCACCGGACCAAUGCCGAGCCGUACGGGAUGAUCUCUUGGCUCUCCAUGGUUUCCCCAAAGAAUUCAUCAAGUACCGCAACCAAAGAUCACUCAGUCCUAUUGGACAUGAGGAUGAUGAUGAUAUUAGUGGUACUGAUUCUUGUAAAGAGAGUGUACUGGACGGUCUAAUAAGCACCAUUUUGUCGCAGAACACCACCGAAGUUAACUCUCUCAAGGCUUUUGCUUCCCUCAAAUCUUCUUUUCCAACCUGGGAAUCUGUUCUAGCAGCUGAUGCAAAACUUGUUGAAGAUGCCAUAAGAUGUGGAGGUUUAGCACCCACCAAAACUUCUUGUAUCAAGGGAAUAUUGAGUUCAUUGUUUCAGAAAAAAGGAAAUUUGUGCUUGGAGUACUUGAGAGAGCUAUCUAUAGAGGAAAUCAAAAGAGAACUCUCUUGUUUCAGAGGAAUUGGCCCCAAAACGGUGGCAUGCGUCUUGAUGUUCCAUCUUCAGCGAGAUGAUUUUCCAGUGGACACACAUGUUUUUCAGAUUGCAAAGACUCUUCGUUGGGUACCCAUUGCAGCUGAUGUAAAAAAGACAUAUCUUCAUCUGAAUCGACGAAUUCCAGAUGAACUAAAGUUUGACCUUAAUUGUCUCAUUUAUACCCAUGGUAAGGUCUGUAGAGAAUGCUCUGGAAAAGGUUCUGACAAACCCAAAAACGAACACUGUGACAAACUUUGCCCAUUAUUGCGCCAAAGUUCUAAUGCAAUAUGAAACCAAAUUAUGAAUUCUAUGCAUCUAUUCAUGUACAUGAGGUUUUUGUUUU